ACCCACCACAUUUUCGCUGCGAGAAGAGGGCUGCAGAACAGCACACACCACGCGAUCAUGCCUCCCCGAAUUUCUCGAGGCUCGCUCCAGAGCACAAAGCCUGCUAGAGGCAGACCUCAGUCCGGACCCCGAAACUCCGGAAAGGCGCAACGCCGCGCGCAGAAUGCUUUCGCCAUCGCCGGCCACGAUGCUUCAGAUCGCACCAAGAUUCGCAAGAAUCGGCUUGGCGAAGUUGAAGGCGCUACCCACCGAAAACGGCCCCGUGAUGAAGAGGAAGAGGAGGAUGAGGGCGAGGAAGAACAAGAUGGAAAACGGGGGAAGCGCAGACGAGCCGGGGACGACAGCUUCGAUGAGGGUAGCGAUUCCGAGGGCAAUACUUGGACGAUGGGCCACGUAGAAGACGAUGACGAUAGCGACAUUGACAGUGACGAAGCUUUCGGAGAAAGCGACGAGGAGAGGUUCGAAGGGUGGACAUUCCGCGGAAGCUCGAGCAACCAGAAGGGUGGGAAGCCGAAGAAGGUGAAACCCGUGAAAGAAAUGGAGGACGAUGAUGAGGACAUUGAUCUGGAUGAAGGAGAGAGCGCCGAUGGCGAAGACGAAGACGACGACGAUCUGGGAGACGAUGCGAUCGAUCUUGCCACCGCCCUGGAUCAGUACGAGGAGGAGAAGCGAGAGAAGCAGAAGAAGCAGAAGAAACAGAAGAAGGCAUCUGCUUUCGACGACAGUGAUAGUGAUGAGGCCCCCAGUGAGGUCGGUGAUCUCGCCGCAGACGGUGCCUCCGACUUUUCCUCUGACGAUGAUGAUGAUGAAGAGGAAGCCGAUCGAAUAGCGCAGCUGAAAGACCUCAUUUCUUCCAUGGCAGCAGAAGAUGAGCGAAGCGCUCCCACACCCCGGAAAGUGGACAUUCACGAGAACGCUGCCCCAUCGGAGUUCGGCGUCAUGCGGAAGGUUGACCUCGCAGGCUUCAAAUCAAAGAUCACGGAUCCAGAGAGGAGGAAAGCGUUGAAAUUGUUGCAAGAUGACCAGUCUACAAAGCGCAACGAUAUCGCCCGAAAACUUGACGCGCCUCUACCCAAACGACAACAAGAUAAGCUUGACCGAGCUGCUGCUGCUGCCAAGGCCAAGGAGACGUUGGACAGAUGGACGGAUACCGUGAAGCACAAUCGCCGCGCCGAACAUCUGCAUUUCGGUCCGGACCAACCAGAAGCAGGCUCUCGGAUGGGAGAAAAUCGCCUAUUGCCUACUACGACAGCCGCGCCGGCGACCGACCUCGAAAGCACCAUUCAGUCUAUCCUGCAACAAAGUGGGCUUUCGAACGGCAAGGAAGACGAAGACAAGAUCCAGAAAUGGGAAGAACUUCAGACCAACAAGCUUCCUCUAGAAGAAGUGCAGAAACGUCGUGCUCAGCUUCGUCUGGAGAGGGAACUCAUGUUCCGCGAGGAGGUGCGUGCGAAACGCAUCAAGAAGAUCAAGAGCAAGUCUUACCGCCGGGUUCAUCGCAGAGAGCGCGAUCGAUUGAUGGAAAAGGAACGCGAACAACUCAAGGCCGAUGGUAUCGAUAUCUCGGAAGACGAGCGCGAACACAACGACCGUCGAAGAGCGGAGGAACGAAUGGGUGCCAAGCACCGUGAGAGCAAGUGGGCUAAGGGUGUCAAGGCCUCCGGUAAAGGAGCUUGGGACGAUGACGCUCGUGCUGGAGUGACAGAGAUGGCUCGCCGCAAUGAGGAGCUUCGCCGUCGCAUCGAAGGCAAAGAGGUGCGCGAGGAGGGCGAUGAUGCAUCCGACUUUUCAAGUGAAGAUGAUGAAGACCUGGACGACGAGGAUGGGACCGAGGCCGUCAAGCGCCAGCUCGGGCGCUUGAAGCAGAAUCCGUUUUCUUCUGAUCAGUCUAAGCUGGGGUCGAUGGCCUUCAUGCAGAAAGCGGAAGCUGCUCGAAGGGCUCGCAAUGACGAGGAUGUCGAGCGCUUACGGAAGGAACUAGCGGGCGAAGAGAGCAACAGCGACGGAGACGACGACAACGCAGCCAAGGUCGGUCGCCGGAAGUUCGGACCCGGUACUAACAUGGCACCGCCAGCCAUCCAGCCUCGCAGCGAAUUUGAAGAACGUGAAGAACCAGAAAGCGAUGCAGAGAACGGUACAAAGGCUGCAGAUGAAGACUUCGCAGUCAACGGCAAAUCUAGCUCCACCUCCAAGAGCGGGAAUAAUACUGUAAACCCUUACCUCGUGGCAAAGAAGACCAGGAAAGUUGAGGCAGGACCUGACCUAGUACCGAUGGCGUACGAUACCAUUACCACGGCACAGAUCCAGGAGGAGACCCCCAAGAAGUCGAAGAAGAAGUCAAAGUCAAAACAGUCCUCGGACGAGUCGCUCAAGGGCGUGUUCGCCGACAAUCCUAUCAUUAGCAAGCCCGAUGACGAUGGUUUCCGGACUGUAACCUACGAUGAAGACGAUGAAGACGAUGCUGGUUGGGGAGAUGAGAAUACCGAGUUCGAUUCGACCGGUCUACAGCGCAACCAACGACUCACAGCCAGUGCCUUCGCUGGUGACAACGUCGAAGCGGACUUCGCCAGCGAAAAGAAGCAGACCAUCGAUGAAGAAGACGAGCGCAUCGUGGAGAACGUCUUGCCCGGCUGGGGUGCAUGGACAGGCGACGGUCUUACCGCAUUGGAGCAGAAAAACAGAGGCCAAAUUACACGCACUAAGAAGCCAGGCAUUGCGCCAGGCAAGCGGAAAGAUGCGAAGCUGGCCCGUGUCAUCAUCAACGAGAAGCGCGUCAAAGCCAACACCAAGUACAUGUCUGCGCAACUCCCGUUCCCGUUCGAGACGAAGGAGCAAUACGAGAGGAGUCUUAGGUUACCCAAGGGCCCGGAAUGGACGACUAAGAAGACGUUCCAGCAGGCAACGAAGCCGAGGGUCAUGGUCAAACAAGGUGUCAUCAAGCCGAUGCAUAAGCCGCUUAUGUAGGUCUUCACAUCGGAAAGGACAGGCAUUCAGGUGCGUAGCUAGAAUAUAUAGACAUGUACUAUACCCCCGGGACGGACAAAUUGAGUGUGUACGGC